CUGGGUGCGCUAGACGCCGGGAGCGCACUUGGAGGGGGCGCCAGGCGGGGCCGCUUGGAGCAGCGGCAUAAGCGCGGCUGGCUGGCGAGGGAGUUUUGCAGCCCGGCGGCAGCGACCGUGACUGCGCCCUGCCCAGCGAUGAGCAGCCCGAAAGUCCCGGCCCAGCCCGAAGCGGCUGCGGUGCCCCGGAGCUAGGGCUGCCUUGCCCCCGGGCCAACGGCUCGGAGCUCAGCAGCAGCCGGCCGUGGAGAAGAUGCGCCCCCGGCUGGCACGGCCCCUGGGCGCAGCGCGCUGAGCCAGGCGCAGCCGGCUGCUGCCCGGAGUGGCCUGGUGCCGGCGGGCCGGGGUCCCCCGGUCCUUCUGUGCUGAGCCGGCAGGCAGGCGGCUGCGAGGAGACAGGGACAAUGUACGCGGGGCGCAAGAGGAGGAAGCCCGUGCAGAGGACAGUGAAGCUGCCACCCCCAGAAGGUGUGAAGUUGAACCCCUCCAAGCGCCAUAGGGAUCGGCUGAACUCGGAGCUGGAGCAGCUGGCUAGCUUGUUGCCUUUCCCCGAAGAGGUCAUCUCUACCCUGGAUAAACUCUCCAUCCUGCGCCUCAGCAUCAGCUACCUCAGGGCCAAGAACUUCUUCAACAUUGUCCUGAAGAGUCACUGCUCCAAAGGGGGAGCAGAAGGGAAUGGUGACCAUGACAAUGGGAGGACCUCGGGACUGCCUGACAGAAUCAUACCAGAGGGUGAAUUGCUAUUACAGGCUCUUCAUGGCUUUGUGCUGGUGGUGACGUCUGAAGGGUUGAUAUUUUAUUCCUCUCACACGAUUCAAGACUAUCUUGGAUUUCAUCAGACAGAUGUCAUGCACCAGAGCGUGUUUGAGCUGAUCCACACCGAGGACCAACAGGAGUUCAGGCGCAACCUUCACUGGGCCCUUAACCCACCUCCCAUUCCUGAGAGCGAACCAUCACCUGAUGGUGAAACAAGUAUCAACUCCUCCGUUAUCACUUACAAGCCCAGCCAGCUGCCUCCCGAGAACUCCUCUUUCCUUGAAAGGAGCUUUGUGUGCCGAUUCCGCUGCCUCCUGGAUAAUUCAUCCGGGUUUGUGGCUUUAAACCUUCAGGGCAGGUUGAAAUUUCUCCACGGCCAGAAUACAAGGUCUGAAGAUGGGUCCCUGCUGCCGCCCCAGCUGGCUCUCUUUGCCAUCUCCAUUCCCUUGCAGCCCCCUUCCAUCCUGGAGAUCAGAACCAAAAACUUGAUCUUCAGAACCAAGCACAAACUGGACUUCACCCCCUUGGCAUGUGAUGCCAAAGGGAAAGUCGUGCUGGGCUAUACGGAGGCAGAGCUGCGGGUGCGUGGCACCGGGUAUCAGUUCAUCCACGCUGCUGAUAUGCUGUAUUGUGCCGAGAAUCACGUCCGAAUGAUGAAAACGGGCGAGAGCGGUCUGACUGUGUUCCGUCUCCUGACAAAAGAAAAUCGCUGGAAGUGGGUCCAGGCCAAUGCUAGACUCGUCUACAAGAAUGGCAAACCCGAUUACAUCAUCGCCACGCAAAGGCCGCUUGUAGAUGAAGAAGGAGGGGAGCACCUUCGGAAGCGUUCUAUGCAUCUUCCUUUUACCUUUGCUACAGGAGAGGCACUAUUAUAUCAAACACCCUACCCGCUUCCUGGCUUCCCUGACCCUUUCAACAGCAAAGGGAAAAACAACAGAUCCAAAAAGAAUUCUCACGGUAAAGGGGGAAGGUCCCAGAAGGACAAUGUAGACCCAAACUCUCUUCUGGGAGCCAUGAUGAGGCAAGAUGAGGCUGUUUAUGUCUCCCAUCCAGCUUCUACUCCCAAAGAUUCCUUCAGCAGCAAUCUCUUCAGCCACCUGGGAGAAUCUGGCUUUUUUGGGACUAGAGGAGAUAACUGGAAUGCAGUUGCUAAUCCAUUGUCCUCUGGGGAAAAUAGUUCCAAGCAGGAGCUGGCUGACUUGAGGGAAGGGGACCCACUGUUGACCACGCUGGAUUCUCUCUCGAUAAGCAGUGAUGAAAACUGUUCAAAUAAUGAGCUGUUCAAUACUUUGGAGGGUCUGGGGCUGAAUGCUGAGGAUCUGGAGCUCUUGCUGUUGGAUGAAAGGAUGGUGAGGGUAGAAAUGGACCUGGAUUAUAUUCCUUCUCUGAACGAUCUAUUAACAAACAAUGAAAUCCUCUCCUAUAUUCAUGGCUCACUUGUAAACAAAUCUGAGGAUGAGCCCACCGGGGAGCAGCAGGCCUGUUCCUCGUCAGACCCAGGCCAGAAUCCAAGCAAAGACCCAGUGGUGUAUCCAUCUCAGAUGCCAGAGAAAGAAUCCCAUUGCUCACACCAGUCCCCGCCACAAAACCAGCAAUCGCUGAUCUUGCAUCUCCCGCAGCAAAUGCAGCAGCACAUUGUGACCCAAAACCAGCAGAACAGCCAGCCGUGGGAGCAGCUGUUGCCCUCAGUUCUCAGUCAGCCAACGCCUCUGCUGAUGAAGCAGGCUGAUGAGGAUAAGCAGCAGCCUAGCAGCCUGCAGUGGAGGCCACCAGCAGGAACAGCUGAGCUCAGGCUGUCGCAGUUUGUACAGUCACCUCUAGGUAAUCAGCAGCAGAGUCCACAAUGGGUCAGACCUCAUGGAUCAAACCAUCUCCAUCAACCCAUAGAAAUCCCUUACGAACAUCAGCAACAUGGGCAGCAGCUGGAGAGCAGCCUACACUCAGUGCAGGGAGCAUAUCAACCAUUCCUGCAGCAAAGCCAGCCCUGCAGCCAACAAAACCAGAUCCAGGCACGCACAGAGCCACAGCUGAAACAAAAACCCAACCAGCACUUGUUAGUGAACGGCCUGUGCAGCCAUGACUCCUCCAACCAGCCAACCCUAGUGAGUAACACGUGGCAGGGCUAUAGCUACAGGCCUGCAAAUCAGCCACCCCAGGGCCUCCCAGCACAGACCAAUAUCUAUGGUGUCGAGCAGGAGCUGAGCUCCCAGCUCUGCCCAGCUCAGAUGUCAAACAUGGGAGUGUCCACCAUUCAUUUUUACCUGAACAGGCUGUCCAACAUGGAGAUAGGAGAUAGAGGUAGAGGAGCAUCCCAAGAAGAGAUGACUCCGUAUUCGGGUUUUCUCCCCCCUUUCUCAUAUCAGGUCAUUUCUCCAAAGCAGCUGACCCCUGUUCCUUCAAUGUCCCAGUACCUGUGUCCAAAUUCAGCCUUGGAACACUUUGUGAAUAUCCAUGGACAACGGGAUUCCUCCAUGCACUCCUACGGGGCACACACGUCAUUAUUAUGCCAGGAUAAUAUCCAUAAGCCCGAAAAUGAUUGUGUUUUGACCAACGUUAAUGUGGGAUACCUCAGAGACUGCCUCCUGCCCAACAGAAACCCUGCUUCCUCAGACGAGCUGCAUUCCUGCACAGAACUGCUUCCAAAUCAUUCUAAUCCCUCCAGCAGUGGCUUUUAUCUUUAAGAGUGGGCGAUCAGAUUGGCCAAACCAGGAUUAUUCAGACCAUAUGGAGAAAUAGUUGUGUUUUUAAGUUAUGGAAAACAAGCAGCCAUUUUUUCUGGCUAUUUUUGUCUCGUCUUUCCUUUUAUUGUUUUAAUCAGUCUCACAUGAUAGUGAUCUUGACAGACAGGGCUUGGCCGUGAGUGAGAAGGAACUUCUCAUGGUAGAGUUUAAUUUUCACAAAGAUAUUACCUAUCUGAGCAUUAAUGUUCCAUCUACAACAGUCUAGUAGGGAAACAACUUUUAAUUUUUCACAACCCCUCUAAUGCAUUUAUAAAAAUAGCCCGGGCUUGAGCUAUGUACACAAAGUCUCAUGUGUCCAAUUAUCUUGGAACGGCUGAGAGUUUUUUGUGUUCUUUGCUUCAUCAGUUGGGAGUUUCCAAAUGUCAGGGCCCUAUCUGUUUUCCUUUCAUGUUUCCCUGCAAUCGAUUGCAGAAAGGCAGAGACAUCCAGCUACAAAGGAAAAUUGGCUUGGAAAUAUCUUGAUCCAGCCUCAUAUUUUUCUUUUGUAGCAGUCUUUUAAAUUGAAUACAGAACUACAUUUUAACAUCAACAAAGACUACCCUGUUGAAGAUGCGACAUUGACAUAAUAAAUCUUGCACUUUGAUGAAAAGAGUUCUCUAUUGCACUACACUCCAUUUUUAGUUCUACUUUUACUUAAGAUUAUUGGGUUGGGGGGGGUGUCUAAUCACAUUUUACCGGUCUCUACAAUUUAGGACAUUUUUGUUUCUGUCGUUGAGAGGUUCAACAGUGUAGAUAUUGUUUUGGUGAAACUGCACCACUGUAAAAAAGGCAAGAUGUAGAAUUUCACUAACUAUGCACAGAUUGUAAUGAAUCUCUUCCUGCUGGGUUUGCCAAAGCUUUUUGAUUUGUUUGCUUUUCUCAAAAAAAAAACAAAAAAAAAAAACCACAUUUCCCUAAUGACAUGGUUGACCAUGAAACCAAUUGCGUUCAUCAAAAAGUUACCACUGUGAAUGAAUAUGUGAGCUGCUGCUUUGCCAAACAUCACUCUAAAGUCACAUUCCACUAAGUCUGCAAACAACUGACCUAUAGUCUCAUAUUACAUGGGUCCUUUCACAGCCAGAUUUCAACAUCCACGAGAGAUGUUAUCAUUAACUGAUUCCACAGAUUAGAGCAUUAGGUAUUGUAGUAAAUAUCACUGAUUGUCAUUUGGUUGUCUUCUGUAUGAUAUGCCCAAAUUGGUUGGUUUUGAUUCUCGGAGAACCUAGCAUGUAUUCUGUCUGAAAGUGGAUCUAAACCACCAAGACUAUUCAAAGCCACAGGAGCUCAUGUGUAGGUACUUAACUAUUAAAAAAUUAGGAGCAGACUGGCAUAUAAGCCAUAUGUUGUAUCUGUGCCUAAAAAGAUUGCAAAUAAGUAGAGGACUUGACUAGUUCAGAGGAAGAGUCGGAUUACUGUACAGAGAAGUUUGCAAUAUAAUAAAUAAAAUAAGUAUAAUGAUACUUAAUAUUAAAUGCUUGACAUAGUGAUAUUUUCCCACAAAAGAAGUACAACCCAUACAUAUGUAUAUAAUGUGAGCCGACAGAUAUAUUUUUAUGCUACUCCAGCAGAGAAAAACAUAUCUUCCCAAGGUAUUCAAGUAACGUCCUUUGGAAUGAGAAAAAUAUUCAAAUUCAAAGGAUCAGAAAUUCUUCAAGUGCUUGUUCACGUUCAUUCCACAUUAGGUGUGCGCG